AUGCCGUCCCACUGGACUAUUAUAAUCUACGACGACGAUAGUCCACUGGACCGCGAGGAGCUAUGGCAUCGAUGGCAAGGGAGGCUUCGCAAGUUCUACAGACGUGUUCCCCUCGACGAUCCACGUUAUACAGAGGCGAAACAAACAGGAUUGCUAACCAGUCUCGAUACAGUCAUCGAGUUGGGAACAGCGUUCUGCCGCACCCACGACAUGCACAGCACCGAGGAGGGCAUCUUCCAGGCGCUGGAGCACAUGCUCACCGACAUCGAGGGCAAUGGCGUCGCGGGUCCUCAUGCUAUCGAUCUUCAGCUUCGAAUCGCCAUAGACACAGGUAACAAGGGCCAGCAUGCGGAGGGAAGUCAAGGCGAGGCCAAGGCUGAGGGGGAGCAGGAGAGUUAG